UAUUCGCUUUGGGGGAAAAUUUGUUGUUUACGUGAUAAUUAUGUUUCACGCAUACGUAUUACAGUCAAUGACUUAACCGAGAUGCAAACAAAAUAUUUGCACACCAGAAUGUCUUUUCACUCUUUUUGGUUGUAGAAAGAUGGCGGAAGCUGCAGCCCAAUCUGUGCUUGGUACAAUCAGUCGGGGACACCUCGAAUGCCCGAUUUGUUGCUGUCGUUUCGCCGAUCCCAAGAUGCUGGACUGUCUGCACAACUUUUGCCUAAACUGUCUACUCGAGCUCAUCAGCAGACAGCAACCCAAUGCAGACGAGAUUACUUGCCCAGUUUGCAGAUGGGUAACUGCGGUACCAGACACCGGAUUGCAGGGUCUACCAAACUGCUUUUUCCUGAGUUCCCUCGUCGAUGAAUUCAACAAGCAGGAGCGGUUGCUAGAAGACGCGAGAGCGGAUACUCGUUCAUGUGAGGAAUGCGACGAGGGCUUAGAAGCCGUCUCAAGGUGCUUAGACUGUGAUGGGAACAUCUGUCAGAAAUGUUUGGAUGCCCAUCGGAAAAUGAAAUCUACUAAGAAACAUCGGAUCGUAAACUUCGAUCCAAGUAGAUCACAGGAUUUUCGGAAGAAAGAUUUUCGGAAGGAAGAUUGGAAGCAAUGUCACAAGCAUACUAAUCAGGAACUCUGUUUUUACUGCGAGACAUGCAAAACCCUAGCGUGUGUAAAGUGUGCUGCGUUAGAUCAUCGAGGAGCAGAGCAUGAAUACAGAGAAGUUGCCGAUGCCAUACGAUCGUACCGUCUGGAUGUCGAACAGAUUCUGCAAAGGUUCAGACGGAGCGAAGUGGUUUUCAAAGUCACCGACGAAUCACUGACGCAUGCCAGAAACCGGGUCAGAAUCAUGGUCGCCCGGGCUUGUAAAGACAUCACCGCCAAAGAAGAAGAGAUUGCCAAGAUCAGAGACAAAUCUCGCCUUCUCAGAGACAAAGUAUCACAAAUCGGAGCAGAACGAGAUAGGAAAUUCGAGGAAGACCAGAAAAGCAACCGUGACAAAAUGGAGCGGGCUGAGCAAAUCGUAGCGGCAGUCAACAACUUGAUUCAGCAAGCUGACGACUUCGAGCUUCUGGACCUCAAACCGAAGGUGAUGCACAACUUGAAGUUCCACAAGAAACUCAAAUUGAGGAAGGCACAGCAUGAGCUCUCAUUCAUCGGGGUCAAAUGUCAAGAUGUCGUUACAGAUACACACCUCGGUGAAGUACUUCAGGAAAAAAAGUGGGAGAUGAGGGAAGAGAUCUUCAAUGUUGGGCAGGAAGAAUUUGAGACUGUUACAGGCAUCGCCUGUUUAAGCAAUGGUGACAUUGUCGUAGUUGACAAUGAUAAGAAGCAGUUGAUGAAUUGUACUUCCACUGGGAAGUAUGAAGGAAGUGUUGGUCGGGAGAAGUUGAAUGACCCAUGGGGAGUAGCGGCGACCUCCGAUGACCUACUUCUGGUCACUGAUAAGGACUAUGUUAAGGUGUUUGACUGUAGUCUAGAAUUCAUUCACCAGUUUGCAUCAUCAAAGGAUGCGGAAAACGUUGAUUCAAAGUGUCGUCUUGACGACAUCGCUGUGGACAAGAAUAAUCGGAUAGCAGUUGCAGACAGAGGGCGAAAGCUGAUAUCUCUCCACCAUAUGGAUGGGUCCUUGAUUACAACCAUACCACAUGGGGACAUGGUCGGUGGCUAUUUGGCCAUCGGGAUCAAGGAACGUUUGAUCUUCACCAACUACCUUAAGAACCAGUUGAUUUGCACUACCUACACGGGAGAUGAGGUGUUCAAUGUCGACACUUCAAUUGGCGAAAUACCUGUAAUUAUAAGACCAUCUGGUGUGUGCUGCGAUGAUGCUGGGGACAUCUAUGUUUCCGUUGACCUCAAUAAAGGUGAAAGCGUUGAAGUGCACCAUUAUUCACCCGAGGGAGUCUUCAUUGGGUGUGUGGCUCGCGGAAUUUGGUAUCCCGGUGGCUUGGCAUUCAUGCAAAGCAGAGACCUUGUGGUGGCUGAUUGUGUGACUGUCAAAAUCUUUCAUCGGGUGUGA